GCAUUUUGAUUUUUGUCCAUGGCGGCUAUUUCCACCGGCACUUACACGGCGGCCGGUGUUUCGCCGCUUCUCCAAUAUCGGAACUCAUGCCUCCGCAUCACCUCCGCCAGAUUCAAAAUUGCAUCUGCAGCUGCAACUACUGGGAGAUCAACUAACUCUAUCGGCCAGCAACCGCCAACAGUACCGAUGUCCAACAACUCCAUUACUGACUCCACUGAGCUAGAGCAAACAACUACUUUGAUUAUGAAAGAUUUCAUGGAAUGGAGCAAGGCUAUGAUUGCGUCCGGAUCCGACGGUGGGCCACCACGCUGGUUUUCACCCUUGGACUGCGCUGCUCCUAUGGAAGACUCCCCUCUAUUGCUCUACUUACCAGGGAUUGAUGGUGUUGGACUUGGCCUUAUAAAGCAUCACAAAAGACUUGGGAGGAUCUUCAAUAUAUGGUGUCUCCACAUUCCAGUUACAGAUCGAACAUCAUUCUCAGACCUGGUGUACCUGGUUGAAGCAACUGUUAGAUCAGAGCAUCACCAUGCACCAAGACGUCCCAUAUAUCUUCUUGGAGAAUCUUUUGGGGGAUGCCUUGCACUUGCUGUUGCUGCUCGUAAUCCUCAUAUUGAUCUUGCACUAAUUUUGGCAAACCCAGCCACGCGUCUACGUGAAUCUCAGCUGGAAAAUCUGAUAACGUUGUCCGAAGUCAUUCCUGAGCAACUCCAUCCAAGCAUGGUUAAACUGUUAAGUGUGACGACAGGGGUUCCUGCAAGGGUGGCAGUGGCAAUUCCUGGCAGUGGACACCCUUUGCAACAAGCAGUAGCAGAGUUAUUUCGUGGUGAUGUAGCAUUUUCAUCCUACUUAUCUGUGCUGGCUGAUGUUUUACCUGUAGAAACACUUAUCUGGAGGCUGAAGAUUCUCAAAUCAGCCUCAUCUUUUGUCAGUUCUCGCCUCCAUGCUGUCAGAGCUCAGACUUUGGUACUCUCGAGUGGAAAAGAUCACUUGAUACCCAACCCAGAGGAAUCUGAGAAGCUUCGCAAGAUGCUUCCAAACUGUGAGAUCCGGAGAUUUAAUAACAGUGGGCAUGCCCUUCUCCUGGAAGCAGACUUUAAUUUGGUAACUGUCAUAAUGGGUGCCAAUUUUUAUCGACGUGGAAGACACCUUGAUUUCGUUAGAGAUUUUGUGCCACCAAGUACUUCUGAGUUUGACAGUGUGUAUCAACCAUACAGGUGGAUGGAAGUUGCCUUCAACCCUGUGAUGAUAUCAACUCUUGAGAAUGGGAAUAUUGUUCGGGGUCUGACUGGAAUUCCUUCUGAAGGACCAGUCUUACUUGUUGGUUACCACAUGAUGCUUGGACUUGAACUAGUUCCUUUGGUGUCCCGUUUGUGGAAUGAACAUAAGAUUGUCCUGCGAGGAAUAGCACAUCCAUUGAUGUUUAAGAGACUAAGAGAGGGAAAAAUGCCUGUCUUAUCAAUGUAUGAUGAUUACCGAUUUAUGGGUGCGGUUCCCGUGUCGGCAACUAACUUUUAUAAACUUUUAUCAUCAAAAUCCCAUGUGUUGCUGUAUCCUGGGGGCAUGCGGGAAGCUCUUCAUCGGAAGGGGGAGGAGUACAAAUUGUUCUGGCCAGAACAGUCUGAAUUUGUCAGGAUGGCAGCUAGAUUUGGAGCAAAAAUUAUACCUUUUGGUACAGUGGGAGAAGAUGAUAUUGGCCAGAUGCUCCUUGAUUAUGAUGACAUGAUGAAGGUUCCGUAUCUCAAGGCUUUCAUAGAGGAGUUAACUGGUGAGGUGGAGAAGUUAAGAUGUGACACUGAAGGAGAGGUUUCAAACCAAGAUGUACAUCUUCCAAUAAUUCUUCCAAAAGUUCCUGGCCGUUUUUACUUCUACUUUGGCAAGCCAAUUGAAACAGCAGGUAGGAAGGAGGAACUUAAAAGCAGGGAGAAAGCACAUGAAUUAUACUUGGAAGUGAAGUCUGAGGUUGAGAGAUGCAUUGAUUACCUGAAGGAGAAAAGAGAGAAUGAUUCGUAUAGGAAUAUAAUGGCCCGCCUGCCUUACCAGGCUAGCCAUGGCUUUGAUUCUGAAGUUCCCACCUUUGAUCUAUAGUACUUAUUGUAUUCUUUUCUUAUAUAU